AUGGACCGGUCGACGAGGUUAAAAACAAAUAAUCAGGAAGAAGAGAGUAAAUUAGACCCAGUGCAGGCACUGCAGAUGAAAAUAAUGGAAGAAGAAGGAAAGUUGCGGAUGAAGUUGGCGGAGGAAGCGAAGCAAAAAGAGGAAGAAAGAAAGUCGCGGUUGAUGUUGGAGGAGAAAGAAAGAAAGUGGCGGAUGAAGUUGGAGGAGGAAGACAGAAGGAUCAGAAGAGAGGCAGAUAGUCGGAGAAUAGAACGACGAGUGGGGCCGAUGAUUGACAUGUGCCCGUCUGACCCGCAAAGGAUUGCACCAUAUUUCCAGCUCAUUGAAGGCGUGUUUGAAAAGUUUCAAGUUGAGGACAGUCUGAAGGUUGAAAUAUUGCUAUCCAAAUUGGAUGUAAAAAUGAGGAACGUGAUGAACGAACUAAAUACUGACGAACGGUAUGAUUACGAGGUGUAUUCAGCAAACCAAAGGUCGAAAACGACUUCAAUGCCGGGCAACAACAACCAAAAUGGAUUUCAGAAUAAAAUAAGUAACAACGACACUUUUAAACACGACCAUGCAUUCAACAAUCCAGUCAACAAACCAAAUAAAAUCAUACAACUAUAUUUGAAGAACUUGCAAACCAACAACAAGAGUACAGGAGUAAUGAGGGGAGAAAGUUUUGUGAACCAUCGGGUGAAAAAGAAUCAAGUUCGUGACAGGAAAAACAAUUAUGCUCGUUCAAACGAUAACAACAACAAUAAUAAUAUGACAACAACAUGUUCAACAACUCCAGCCAUUUUGUAA